AUGGGUACUCAUCUAACUCUAUAUUUGGGAUUAGCUGAUCCAGAAAAUCUUCCUGAUGGCACCCAAGUACCAACCAGUUACACUCUGCGCAUUCUAGAUCAAUUACAUGCAAACCAUUAUGCUCGCAAGAGUAAUAAAGUUCUGAGUGGCACUGGCCCUACUGCUAAUGGAUGGGGUUGGCAUCUAUUCAUCACACUGGAAGCUCUCAGACGGGAAGCCAACGGGUAUUUGAGAUCGGAUAUUUGCAUUGUGGAGGCAGAGUUCACGGUCGCCGGAACUGCUAUGGUACUAAAUACCUCAGGCGAAAAUGAUACUGACAUUCAGGAAGAUGAUAAGGUCGACGUCCAAAGAUUUUCCAAAGCCCAAAGGAUCACACAUUUUGUCUGCCUGGUCUUUAGAUCAGUUUCGAAGAAACCUCCGAAAGACUACACCAUGAAAAUAGCGUCGUUCUCUUCUCUAAAAUCAGAGGAUAGAUAUGAAUCAGCGGAAUUUGAGAUUAAAGGAUACAAAUGGAAAUUGAUCCUCUAUCCCAGGGGCCUAGGCGUUGGAAAGGGUAGUCAUCUUUCUGUGUUUUUGCAUGUACAUGAACCGGAAAAUCAGCUUCCGAUUGGUUCUAAGAUACUUACAGAGUAUACGAUACGCAUUCUGGAUCAAAUCCAUGGCAAGCAUCGUUCUAUGAAAGGUAAAAAAUGGUUCUGUGCCCCGUUUUGGGGUUGGGGUCAUCAUCAGUUCAUCACACAAAAAGCCAACGCGGCCUGUCUGAAGAAUGAUAGUUGGGUUCUGAGAUCAUAUUCAGAUUCACCACCAAGUCAUUACAGUCUGAAAGUAAAUUCAUAUUCACUUAUGACUGAAUAUUCAGUGGAUGGAUAUGGAACAGAGGAAUUCGAAGCUGGAGGUUACGAAUGGAAACUGGUGAUCUACCCAAGUGGAAACAAGAAAAGAAAUGUGACCGACCACAUCUCCCUCUACUUGGAAUUAGCUGGAGAAGCUUCAUUUCAGAGUGAUUGUGAAGUAUAUGUUCAUUUCAGAUUCUUUUUACUUGAUCAGAAAAAGAGCAACUACCUAGUUGUUGAAGAUGCUUUGGCAAAGAAAAUUUGCUUUCAUCCGAUGAUGCUUUGCUCGCCCAGCUUUGAUAAGCUUAUGCCUCUUAAAGAAUUUACUGAUGCCUCGAAUGGAUAUCUCAUUGAGGACACCUUCGUGCUUGGAGCUGAGGUUUGGAAGGUGGAGAAAUUUUCAAACUUGACUGAUGGACGUUAUAGGUCAACACCAUUCAGGGCUGGAGACCAGCUAUGGCGGAUAGACAUUUAUCCCAAGAGAUGUGAACAAGGAAUUGGAACUGAUCUUUCUAUUUUCUUGACAUUGGCUGAUUGGAAACCGGUUCCUCCAUUGUCCAAAAUUUUUGUGGCGUUUACCUUGCGCAUCGCAGAUCAAAGCCAUGCCGCCGAGCAUCAGUCUUGGACAGGUAAACACUGUUUCACUGCCGAGUCACCGUCGUGGGGUUUUCAGUUCAGUAGUGUAAGCAUUUUGGAGGGGAAAGGGCUUUUGAUGAACGAUACUUGCAUUGUGGAGGCAGAGGUCACUGUCCAUGGAGUUUCCAAAACUCAAGAACCCAUCUUCUCCGGCGGCCAGUUAUGGGAAGCCAUGAAUGUGACCAAAAUGGGAGAUAAAGUUCUAUCCGAAGGAAGUCACCAGGGAAUGGGGACUGAUAUUUCUCUUUACUUGGCAUUAUCUGAUUUGAAACCAACUCCUCCUGUGACCAAAAUAUUUGCUGAGUUUUGCCUGCGCAUUGUAGAUCAAAAGCAUGCCAAUCAUCAGAGUGGGUCAGGUGUUUUGAGAUCGAUUACGGAUGCACCACCAACUCAUUACACACUAAAAAUAGAGUCACUUUCGACGCUGACAAAAAAAUCAUUGGAGAAGUACGAAUCGGGGGAAUUCGAAGCUGGAGGAUACAAAUGGAAACUUGUUUUCUAUCCCAAUGGAAACAAGGGCAAGAAUGUUAAAGACCACAUUUCUCUCUACCUGGUAAUGGCUGGAGCAAAUACUUCCCAGAUUCAUUGGGGUGUACAUGCUGUUUUCAGGUUGUUUUUGCUUGAUCAGAAUACCGGCAACUACUCGGUUUUUCAGGAAAAGGAAAGGCGCUUUCAUGCAAUGAAGCUUGAUUGGGGUUUCGAUCAGUUUCUUUCCAUCAAAGCUUUUACUGAGGCUUCCAAUGGAUUUCUCGUGGAUGAUACCUGUGUGCUUGGGGCAGAGGUCUUUGUAUCUAAGGAAAGAAGCAUGGGCAAAGGAGAGUGUCUGUCUAUGGUGAAGGAUGCUGUUAUGUACAAACAUGUAUGGAAGAUCGACAGCUUCUCCAAGAUAACUACAGACUGCCAGGACUCCAAGACAUUCAGUUCUGGAGAGCAGAAAUGGAAGAUACAACUAUAUCCCAAGGGCAAAGGCAAUGGAAUGGGUAGUCAUCUUUCCCUUAUUUUGGCAUUGGCUGAUCCUACUUCUCUACCUCCUGGUACUAAAAUAUAUACAGAGUAUACUCUGCGCAUCCUUGAUCAAACGUAUCAGAGGCAUCAGCAUGGAAAAGCUAGUUUCUGGUUUAGUGCCUCAAACCCAGAACGGGGUUGGCAAAAAUUCAUCACUCUAGGCUUUCUCAGUCAGACAGGCAUGGGGUUUCUGUUGAAGGACAGUUGCAUUGUGGAGGCAGAGGUCACCGUCCAUGGAAUGUCUUAUGCAAUAUAGUAAUACUUUGGCA